AUGCCCGUCAGGGCCGCCAGGGCGCUCAUCUCGGUGGCCUACCCAUUUUUCACAUUGUUGACGCAGAUCUUUCGCCAUCUGGAGCGGCCCGCGGAGGUGGCGCGCCUCACCCAGCUGAAGGACGUGGUCAAGACGCAGCGGGAGCGCUUCAUGAGCACCAUAUUGAACAACACCGAAGUGAACAAUCUCAAUGAGCUGCUCUCCUUUGAGCUGGCCAAAUAUGAAGCGGCCGUACAACAGGCGGCCGAGGGCGGGCUGCUUAUCGUAGCCGAUAAAGACUUUCCAGAGCCCUAUGAGCGCUGGAGCAUACUGCAAGCUGUGUUCUUCUCAUCAACUGUGUUAACCACUAUAGGCUAUGGCAAUAUAGUGCCCGUGACGACGAGCGGUCGUGUCUUUUGCAUUUGUUUCGCCCUCAUCGGCAUACCCUUCACGCUGACCGUCAUCGCCGACUGGGGUCGACUCUUUGCCAGCGCUGUGUCCGUCUUUGGCAAGCACAUGCCAACGAAACCAAAGUUCACAAACUUCAUCGGAAAGACCUGGUUCUAUGCCAUUCUGGCCGUUGGAUUUCUGGGCGUUUAUCUGGCAGCUGGCGCCGGGCUCUUGCUGCUCUGGGAGGAUGACUGGACGUUCUUUGAUGGCUUCUACUUUUGCUUCAUAACAAUGACAACGAUCGGAUUUGGCGAUCUGGUGCCCAAGAAACCCAACUAUAUGCUGCUGUGCACCCUUUAUAUACUGAUUGGACUGGCGCUCACCUCGACCAUUAUUGAGCUGGUGCGUCGCCAGUACGCGACCAGCUGGGCCAAGCUGCAGGAGCUAUCGGGUCCAAUGGCGGAGACACUGCGUCGCCUGGGCGAAACGGCGGGCACGGGCCUGGACUACACCACUCUGCAAAAAGUUUUAACUGUCUCCAUGCCCAAGUGGAAUAGCAACAAGAAGAGCGAGCACAAUUCGGACAUUGCCGCACUGGAGGCCAUCACGAAUGCCAUACUGAAGGAGGUGAAGGAGGCGCAGAACAGCAAGCCGAAGGUGCUGCAAAUCGUCAUCUACGAGUCGUCCGUCUAAGCGCAUUAUCAACAUCGAUAGCACCUAGUACUGUAGCAUACUUUUAGACCUAGGCACAUCACAACCCAACAAAUAUCAUAUGUUAGAGA